GCGUGCGUAAGAGGGAGGCGGAAACCGGAAGUCCGAGGCGGGCUCUCGCUUUAGUGGGCGAGUUUGCGCAGGGGGUGUCGGGUCCGGAGCCGGACUGCGCACCCGAGGCCGAGGCGCUCCGCGUUGGUGUCCGCCUGUCCCUGCUACGGCCGCGCGACUCUGCGAGUGGCGGACUGAGCAGGAAUCGCCCUGAAGCGGCCGGGUUGCAGCUUCCAGGGGAAGCCAUGCCAUCUGCCAAGCAGCUAGCCGAUAUUGGCUACAAGACCUUCUCUGCCUCGAUGAUGCUCCUCACUGUGUAUGGAGGGUACCUCUGCAGUGUGCGAGCCUACCGUUACCUCCAGCUGCGCAGUGCCAGGCGCCAGGCCGCUGAAGAGCAGAAGACCUCAGGAGUCUUGUAGAGCAUCGAGGCGUGAGGCUUGAGGCAGGAACCGGAAAAGACCUCCCCAAAUGUCAUCCAUGGCAAGAACUAGACCUUGAUGCCUUUCAAACCUGCUGGACUAAAAUGCAGUGGUUUCUGUGGUCCUGCUGGCUAGAACCAUUUUGACAGUUUAUGGAGGCUGACAACUAAAUGGGAAUGUGAGGGUGAGGUUUAUUACAGGGAUUAAAUAUUUUGCUUUGUUUCUGUUUUAGUGCUUCUGUGUACCCAAAGAGUGUAUGCAUCAUAUAGGUGUGGCCUUGAGUUUUCUAAAA